AUGUCUCUCUCUCUCUCUGCACACGCACACACGUGUGAACUCUUGACAACCAAAGAAGCAAGAUUGCGGCAGCAGAUAUAUGAUGAGCUUGCAUCAGGUGGUCAUUUUUCCCCUGCUCUUUUGGUAGUGAGGGAGCAUAUGCCAUCCAGAAAGGCAUGUCUAAGAUACAAUAUUGAUGCGACAAGAGUUGGAAAUGUAUCAAGGUUCAUCAACCAUUCGUGUGAUGGUGGUAAUCUAUCCACAGCACUGGUGAGAAGCUCAGGUGCUUUACUCCCACGCCUUUGCUUUUUUGCUUCAAAAGACAUAAAAGAAGAUGAAGAGCUUACUUUUAGCUAUGGUGAAAUUAGGGAAAGGUCUAAGGGGUUACAGUGCUUUUGUGGGAGCUCUUGUUGUCUUGGAAUUUUGCCCUCAGAGCAGACUUAA